GGUCGGCGGGUCGGCGGGACGAUGGCGGAGGAGGGAGCGGGCGGGCCGGCCAAGAGCGCCGUGGCGGCGCGGCUGAAGGCGGCGCUGAGCCGUCCGGACAACGUGGCGGGCGCGGAGGAGCUGCGGGCGCUGCUGGAGCGGGUGCUGAGCGCCGAGGGGGCGGCGGCGGCGGCGGCGGCGGGGGGCGGCGGCGGCGGCGGCGAGGCCCUGGCCUGGUGCAAGUGCCUGCUGGCGGGCGGCGAGCGCUACGAGGACUUCUGCGCCGCCGUCCGGGCCUACGACCCCGCCGCGCUCUGCGGCCUGGUCUGGACGGCCAACUUCGUGGCCUACCGCUGCCGGACCUGCGGCAUCUCGCCCUGCAUGUCGCUCUGCGCCGACUGCUUCCACCAGGGAGACCACGCCGGACACGACUUCAACAUGUUCCGCAGCCAGGCCGGCGGCGCCUGCGACUGCGGGGACAGCAACGUCAUGCGGGAGAGCGGGUUUUGUAAAAGACAUCAAAUUAAAUCCAGUUCAAAUAUUCCCUGCGUCCCAAAAGAUUUACUGAUGAUGUCCGAAUUUGUUCUUCCACAAUUUAUUUUUUGUCUUAUUCAGUACUUAAGAGAUGGCUACAAUGAACCAGCAGUUGAUGCACCAUCCGAAAAAGAUCUACACAAAGUCCUUCAGCUCUUGGAGCCCCAAAUUUCGUUUCUAGAAGACUUGACCAAAAUGGGUGGAGCGAUGCGAUCAGUUCUUACCCAGGUUUUGACAAACCAACAACACUAUAAAGAUCUUAGUGCUGGUGCUGGGGAAAAUGCGUGUGCACAGAAAAAUCACGAAAAGUACCUCAUAGCUCUGAAAGGCUCUGGACUGGCAUUCCCUGAGGAUAAACUUGCAGGUGGCAUGCAGGAGCAGGCUGCUGGAACUAGCACUUUAGCAGUUCAAGGUUUGGCAGGUGCUACAGGAAUUUCAGGACAAGUAGAUUCUUCAGAUGAGGAGGACCAGGAUGGUAGCCAAGGUCUGGGCAAACGUAAGAGGGUAAAAUUAAGCAGCGGAACCAAAGAUCAAUCCAUUAUGGAUGUUUUGAAACAUAAAAGUUUUCUAGAAGAAUUAUUAUUUUGGACUAUAAAGUAUGAAUUUCCACAAAAGAUGGUAACAUUCUUACUCAAUAUGUUACCAGAUCAAGAUUACAAGAUUGCUUUUACAAAAACUUUUGUUCAACAUUAUGCUUUUAUUAUGAAAACCCUGAAGAAAAGCCAUGAAUCAGACACAAUGUCCAAUAGAAUUGUGCACAUUAGUGUUCAGCUAUUCAGCAAUGAGGAACUAGCCAGGCAGGUAACAGAAGAAUGCCAGCUGCUGGACAUAAUGGUCACAGUUUUGCUGUACAUGAUGGAAAGUUGCCUUAUUAAAAGUGAACUUCAAGAUGAAGAAAACAGCCUUCAUGUAGUAGUGAACUGUGGAGAAGCACUACUAAAGAAUAAUACCUACUGGCCACUUGUUAGUGAUUUUAUUAAUAUCCUUUCACACCAAAGUGUGGCCAAGAGAUUUUUGGAGGAUCAUGGCUUGUUAGUGACUUGGAUGAACUUUGUGUCAUUCUUUCAAGGUAUGAACUUAAAUAAGCGAGAACUUAAUGAACACGUGGAAUUUGAGUCUCAGACGUACUAUGCUGCGUUUGCUGCUGAACUCGAGGCCUGUGCCCAGCCAAUGUGGGGAUUAUUGUCACACUGUAAAGUUAGGGAAACACAAGAGUACACACGAAAUGUUGUUAGAUAUUGCCUUGAAGCACUUCAAGAUUGGUUUGAUGCCAUUAACUUUGUAGAUGAGCCAGCCCCUAACCAGGUGACUUUUCAUUUGCCACUACAUCGUUAUUAUGCCAUGUUUCUAAGUAAGGCUGUGAAGUGUCAAGAGCUAGAUCUAGAUUCUAUUUUACCAGACCAGGAAAUGUUGAUGAAAUUAAUGAUCCACCCUCUCCAAAUUCAGGCAAGCCUUUCUGAAAUUCACAGCAACAUGUGGGUUAGAAAUGGCCUCCAAAUCAAAGGGCAGGCUAUGACUUAUGUACAGUCACAUUUCUGCAAUUCCAUGAUAGAUCCUGAUAUUUACUUAUUACAGGUGUGUGCUUCUAGACUUGACCCAGAUUAUUUUAUUUCAUCUGUUUUUGAAAGAUUCAAAGUGGUGGAUUUGUUGACAAUGGCAUCACAGCAUCAAAAUACCGUACUUGAUUCUGAGCAUGAAAGAUCUAUGUUGGAAGGAGCCCUCACAUUUCUUGUAAUUUUGUUAAGUCUUCGUUUACAUUUAGGAAUGACAGAUGAUGAAAUCCUCAGAGCAGAGAUGGUAGCCCAGCUGUGUAUGAAUGACAGGACACAUAGUUCAUUGCUGGAUCUCAUUCCAGAAAACCCCAAUCCCAAAAGUGGCAUUAUUCCAGGCAGCUAUAGCUUUGAAUCAGUGCUGUCUGCUGUAGCUGAUUUUAAAGCCCCUGUUUUUGAGCCUGGAGGUUCUAUGCAACAAGGAAUGUACACUCCUAAAGCCGAAAUAUGGGAUAAAGAAUUUGACCCAGUCAUGGUAAUUCUUCGAACAGUGUAUCGUAGAGAUGUGCAGUCAGCAAUGGACAGAUAUACAGCAUUUCUAAAACAAAGUGCAAAGUUUCCUGGAAACCCUUGGCCUCCUUACAAGAAAAGGACACCACUACACCCAAGCUAUAAAGGACUCAUGAGGCUUUUGCAUUGUAAAACAUUACACAUUGUUCUGUUCACUCUACUUUACAAGAUUUUGAUGGACCAUCAGAAUCUGUCAGAACAUGUUCUCUGCAUGGUUUUGUAUCUAAUUGAAUUAGGACUUGAAAAUUCACCAGAGGAAGACUCUGAUGAAGAGGAUUCCACAGGUGGGCAGGAGCGUUGCCAUGACAGCUGGUUUCCUGGUAGUAAUUUGGUAUCAAACAUGCGGCACUUUAUUAACUAUGUUAGGGUGAGGGUUCCAGAAACAGCUCCAGAAGUGAAGAGAGAACCACCUGCAAGCACCAGCUCUGAUUGCUUGGCACAAAAUUCAGGUACAGCUCAAGUUUUCAGCUUAGUGGCAGAACGUAGAAAAAAAUUUCAGGAGAUUAUCAAUCGCAAUAGCAGUGAAGCAAGUCAGGUGGUUCGUCCCAAAACAUCAAAUAAGUGGUCUGCGCCCGGUGCAACUCCGCAGUUAACCACAGCUAUAUUGGAAAUCAAAGAAAGCAUCUUGUCUUUGCUAAUUAAACUUCACCACAAACUCUCAGGAAAACAAAACUCUUACUACCCUCCGUGGUUAGAUGAUUUAGAAAUUUUAAUCCAGCCCGAAGUUCCUAAGUACUGCCAUGGAGACGGUAUGACUGCAGUGGAAAGAAUUCUGUUGAAAGCUGCAUUACAAAGCCGAUUGAACAAGCGCAUCAUUGAAGAGAUAUGUAGCAAAGUGACUCCUCCAGUGCCACCAAAAAAGACAAGCUCAGCAGAGAAGAAAACUUUGGAUAAAGAAGAAAGGCGACAAAAGGCUAGAGAGAGGCAGCAGAAGUUGCUUGCAGAAUUUGCUUCGAGACAGAAAAGCUUUAUGGAAACUGCUAUGGAUGUUGACUCCCCAGAAACUGAUAUUGCUAUGGAGAUAGCCGCAUCAGAACAACAAGUGUCCGAGGCAGUAUAUGACUGUGUUAUUUGUGGACAGAGUGGCCCGUCUUCUGAAGAUCGCCCAACAGGUUUAGUUGUUUUGUUACAAGCAUCUUCAGUCUUGGGGCAAUGCCGUAACAACACUGAGCCAAAGAAAUUGCCAACCACUGAAGAGGAACAGAUAUAUCCUUGGGAUACGUGUGCAGCGGUUCAUGAUGUAAGACUUUCAUUACUACAGAGUCACUUUAAAGAUAGUUCCUGUCUCCAGGCAGUGUCAGUUGGCUGGGAAGGAGGUGUUUAUGUACAAACCUGUGGUCAUACGUUACACAUAGACUGCCAUAAAUCUUACAUGGAAUCAUUAUGGAAUGACCAGGUCCUUCAGGGUUUCUCAGUGGACAAAGACGAAUUCACGUGUCCUCUCUGUAGACAAUUUGCUAACAGCGUUCUUCCUUGUUAUCCUGGAAACAAUGUGGAAAAUAGCCCUUGGCAGUGUUAUAGUAACAAGAGCAUGGAAGAGCUCAUAAAAGAGGUGGAAGAGCUUCAAGAACAGCUGGGAAUUUUCCCAGUAAGCAUCAGUUCAGAAACCAACCUAAGUAAAGAAAUGGAAUCUGUAAUGAAGGAUAUCAAAAAUACAACACAGAAGAAGUACACGGACUACAGUAAGACUCCUGGCUUGCCAGAAAAUGAUUUCCUCUUCAUGUAUUCCGUAGCCAGAACAAAUUUGGAACUUGAGCUGAUUCACCGGGGAGGUAAUUUAUGUUCAGGUGGAGCAAGCACAGCUGGGAAAAGGUCUUGUUUAAAUCAGCUGUUCCACGUGUUAGCCAUGCACAUGCGGCUCUACAGCAUUGACUCUGCCUACAAUCCAUGGAAAAAACUGACUCAUUUAAUGCCGGAUAUGAAUUCACAAUUGGGCAGUGAUGAACAACCAGAGGUGCCAGUGCUUUUCAGAGAAGUUUCAUCCCUAUUGCUCAUCCAGAUCUUAACAAUGCCCCAACCCCUUCGUAAAGAACACUUUACCUGCAUUGUGAAGGUUCUUUUUACAUUACUGUAUACGCAAGCUCUUACAGCCCUGUCGGUUAAAUGCAGUGAUGAAGACAGGUUGGCCUGGAAGGAUUCGGGGAUGCUGAAAAAGAAUACAUGUCACUCAGAAAAGUCAUGGGAAGUGUUACUGAGUCAUGUGAUUGGUGAGCUAUCUAAGGGGAAGCUGUACCAAGAAGGAGAGACCGAAGAACUUGCAAUGGUAAACACUGGUGUUUGGUCUGCUGAAUCCAUAGAACGAUAUUUGCAGCAGUUCUGCUUACCUUUCCUCAGGAUCAGCAGCCUUCUUCAGCACCACCUCUUUGGAGGUGAUUUGCCUAGUUGCCAGGAAGAAGAAGAAUUUAUGGUCCUUGCCACCUGCGUGGGGCUCCUACCGACAUUUUGCCAGACAGCACAGCCAUUUACCAGUGCCUCCUGCCUUGAUUGGCCAGUUCCAGCAUUUGAACUUUUAUCACAGUGGUGCUUCGAGGUGACUUCUUUUUCCAACAGACACACUGCACAAGUCAAGGCUCUGUUUAUCCAAGAUUCAAACUGGGAUUUACCACACCUCCUGGAGUUGCCUGAGAAUUAUAAUACCAUAUUCCAAUACUAUCACCGGAAAACUUGUAGUGUCUGCACCAAGGUUCCUAAAGAUCCUGCAGUUUGUCUUGUAUGUGGCACUUUUGUAUGCCUAAAGGGACUUUGCUGCAAGCAACAGAGUUACUGUGAAUGUGUCCUGCAUUCCCAGAACUGCGGUGCCGGGACAGGGAUAUUCCUUUUGAUCAAUGCGUCUAUAAUCAUCAUCAUUCGAGGCCAUCGCUUCUGCCUCUGGGGUUCAGUUUAUCUAGACGCACAUGGUGAAGAAGACCGUGACCUCAGGCGUGGCAAGCCCCUCUACAUUUGUAAGGAAAGAUACAAAGUUCUAGAACAGCAGUGGGUGUCUCAUACCUUCGAUCACAUCAAUAAAAGAUGGGGUCCGCAUUACAAUGGAUUGUAAACCAUCACUUUUGACAUCACACCGUGUCACUGCCUUUACUAUGGAUGCAACUUUACCAACCAUAAGCUUUAAUUUAAUUUUGGGGGUUAGCUCUUUCCUGGAUAAAUGAAUCCAUGCCACUCUGACGCCUUUCAAUAAUUAGGUGCUAUUGAUGCCAUAUUAAUGGCAUAUUAAAAAAAAUCACCGGAGUGUAUGAAAAUUUAGAGAUUUGUUUGGUAGUCUUUUUUUUCUUUUCAAUGCCCACAGUUGAUAAGAAGCACAAGUUGUUCUUGAAGCUGUUCAAAAGUGAGAUCUCCCAGCACUUGCAUACAUGAUUUUGCUUUGAUACUUGGCAUGGGUUUGCGUUAUUUGGCAGUUAAUUGCUUCCACAUCUUGUGUGUUAAUUGCAACUGCUAAACAUUUUGCAUCCAUUUUCCUUAGCUUGUGUUGAGUUGAGAUUUUUGCUUUCUAAGUAUGUAAUUUAACAAGAAUUGUAAAACACAUGAUUCAUGUGACAUAUUGUAUAGUGAAAGUUGGUAUAACUGUUGGAAGUUUAAAAUAAUCUUUCACUUAUUGAGAGGCUUCCAUUGAAAGCUUUCAGGCUUUGCUGAAAAACUAAUUCACUCUCAGGAAUUUCAUAGAUACUCUCCCUAGACAAAUAAGUGAAGUAGCUGUAAGAUAAUUAGAUUGCUGCUGCUGCUAACAUGAUACACUUUUUUUUGCUCCUUCAGAAACAAAACUUCCCACUAAAAUUGCAUAAAAGCAGUAGCGAUUGUAACAUGUAGAUUUAACUAUACAUACAGAAUUUGUAGGACACCCCCACCCCCAACGUGACAGAUCCUCAUUACAACCACGCAUGCCUGCCUUUCAUUACCAACCAGGUAUGUGUUUCACAGGGAUUGGAGUGAAAAAUGUGCAGGGCUCUUGGUAAAUGAAACAUAAUUUUGGAUCUUUCCUGUCAGCUCAAGAGGUUCAUCUGUAUUGUAUUUGUGCAGUGCAAUCACUGCUUUUUACGGUUGACUUGAGAAAAAGAAAAAAGCCCAACAAAGGUGGUCCUGGUCAAUGAGCAAUGCAUUUGCAUUCUCUUCAGAAGAAUGCAGGGCAAACAGCUUACGGUAAGAGGAUUUUAAAACCAGUAAAAAUAGGAAUGAUUGAGCUAAAAUCCACACUAAGCAAAGAGGGGAGAGAGCAGAUAUGAAAUCAGUAUACUAAAUAUUUUCCCCCAAAUAAUUCAUGCAGUAGUUGAUAUUUCAUAGGCAGUGCUAUCCAGCGAUUCUGGUCCAUUUGAUUCUAAUACCUUGUUCUGUAAAGUUUUUAUAUGUAGAGAAACCUAAUGAGAAAUCGUAUGAUCAAAGUAAAGGAGAUCGAUGUUCUAGUUCAGUGAAGUUACCGAACAAAAUGUAUAAAGGGAAACAAAAUUUCUAACAGCAAGAAAAGCAGGGAAUUCAGAAUAGUAUGUUUUUAAAAUGAGUUAAGUCAAGAGUUUACCUUUAGAUCUCGAGUACAUGGUAAUGGCUUGCUAUUUUUAUAUUAUAUUUCAAAAAAUUUAAAAAAAACUUUCUGUGAGAUUAGAAUGAUUCUGUUUCACAAACUGAAUAGCUAAGUCUUUUCAACAGGUGGCUCUUUUUUUAAUACUGAACCAUAAAUUCAUCCUGUAAAAACAUUUCUGCAUUGCUCAUUCUGAAUUCCAGGUCAUUUUGUAAGUGUGGUUGAAGAGCAAAAAAAAAUUAAAAUUUAAAAAAAAAACCACCAACAUCUCCAGCAUAUCAUCGUUAUAGGAAUCAUGAACUUGAAUAACUCUCUAGUUUGAAACUCUGAGGCUCUAUUUACAAGGUAUAAUGUAUCCAGAAUUUGAUUAAAUGCUAUUUAAAAUGGAAUGUUUUAUGGUUGUGCAUAUGGAUGUGAAGUGAACAUAUAGCCUUAACUUUAAAAUCUGGGUAUCUGGUAGUGUUUAUUUUGAUAUUGGUGAAUUAGUCACCAGUACAUUUUUUUUUUUAAAAAAGCACUUGGUUGAAAGUUGUACUUGAAUACAUACAUGCAUGCUGCUAAGCUAGAACUUUGAUUUCCCCCAUAACUUUUAUAAACUCAAUUUAUAAGCCCACUUUGAAAAAUAACAGGGCCAAGUUAGAGUGACGUGUGUGUAUAUUAUUAUUCAAAAAUGUACUGGUGUGGUAUCUCGUAUGAAUGAUCAUCUAAGUACAGUACAUUACUGUAGAUGCUAAAUCAAUCUUUAUAAUUAACACAUCUGAAAAUACAAAACUAGAAAUAAUCAACAUUGUAAAAUAUGUUAAUAAAAAUCUACUGUCAA